GACCGGAAGUGGCCGCGCACACAAUAGCGGAGUGUUUCGGGGUUCGGCUCCGUUCUGACUCUCUCGACUCUGCCCUCCGGUUCUGAUCCGCCGUCGACAUGUCCGUGUUCCGACCCUUCAAGCUGAUGGCGCUACUGUGCGUCCUGCUGGCUCUGGUUCUGGACCUGGUGGCGCUCCUCAGUCCCGCCUGGGUCACCGCCGAACACUUCUCCCUGUCCCUGUGGGAGUCCUGCACCGAGUCCGCGGUUCGGAACGAGGCCGGGGAGGCUGUGAAGACCUGUUUCUCCACGCUCACGUCCGACUGGCAGAUCGCUACUCUGGUCCUUCUGAUGUCGGGUGCCGCUGUGACUUUGGUGACCUUCCUGGUGUCCAUAAUCUGGAUGUGCCGGGACACCCGGACAAACCAGUACCGGACCGUGGCCGUGCUGCUCUUCACUGCAGUGGUGCUGCAGGCCUGCGCCCUGGUCCUCUACCCGAUCAAGUUCAUCGACAGCUCGGUGCUACAGACCUACCACGAGUUCAACUGGGGCUACGGCCUUGGCUGGGGCGCCACCAUCUUCAUGCUGGGUGGGGCGGUUCUGUUCUGCCUGCGGACGGACCUGUACGAGGAUGCUACGUACUAAUUCGCCCCCUGCUGGACACAGUGACUGUAGCUAUAGCCCGAUGGUCCGAUCACUCUGGUUCUGGAGACAUACUGAAAUUUCUGCCAGAGAUUUUCACACAGUUGAACUUCAAAGGACCAGAACCAAAUGGGACAUCUAACAGUUGUGAGGGUUCAAGCCCGUGAUUUGACCCAAACUCUAGUCUUCUUCCUGCAGCUGUGGAACAUGGGUCAGAUGGCUCCUGCUACAGAGACUUGAGGAGUUUCAAAGGACUGACCUCUGGACCUCGUGAGAUGUGCCUGAUGAGGUCCAGGUUCUGCUCCCGUGUCAGUGCCUAGUUUUGGAUCAGAACCAAAAGAUAACACUUUAAUAAAGAAAU